AUGGAGUCCAUUCCUUAUGCCUCAAUUGUUAGGAGUUUAAUGUAUGCUCAAAUUUGUACUCUGCCAGAUAUUAGUUUUGUUGUUGGAAUGUUAGGUCGAUAUCAAAGUAAUCCUGGAAUGGAUCACUGGAAAAAUGCAAAGAAAGCUUUUAGGUACCCACAAAGUGCCAAAGACUACAUGCUAACUUACAAAAGGUCAUAUCAUCUUAAAGUGAUUGACUACUCGGAUUCAGACUAUGCUGGAUGUGUGGAUUCAAGAAAAGCCACAUUUGGGGGUCGAUAUCAAAGUAAUCCUGGAAUGGAUCACAGGAAAAAUGCAAAGAAAGCUUUUAGGUACCAACAAAGUGCCAAAGACUACAUGCUAACUUACAAAAGGUCAUAUCAUCUUAAAGUGAUUGACUACUCGGAUUCAGACUAUGCUGGAUGUGUGGAUUCAAGAAAAGCCACAUUUGGGG